AUGAAAGUACAGCAUCCAUCAACUCCAUAUUCCGAAGAAUAUUCAGUUCUUUGCUUUUUCUUCUUUUCGUCCAUUUACUUCUUUGCUCAUUACUCCUUCCCUCAACGUCUAUCUUCACCUUCUCUUCAUCGUUUACGUCUUCCUUCUGCUUUCCUUCUGUCAAAUUAUUCAAUUCCUGUAUCGUCUCCUCUUCCUUCCAACCACGUGUUCUCUUCCUACUUCCACUGCCUCCCCUUUUUUUUUAUCUUGAUUUUAGCCGUUCUUCAUCUCCUCUUCAUUCCACAAUUUAGUCUCCCAGCCUUUCAAUAUUUUUCUGAAUCUUCUUCUACUCUAUCUUUCCUCCCGUUUCACACUUCCUCUUCCACUCUUUCUCUUUCUUCUACUACAACUCAUUCAAUUUCUCUCUCUCUCUCUCUCUCUCUCUCUCUCUCUCUCUCUCUCUCUUUCUCCAUUUCCUUUCACGGUUGUUCCUACACUCUUCCCCUCACUUCUCCUCCUAUAUAUUUCCAUCGUGUCUGUUCUGACUUGGUUGUACUGGCUCCUCUAUUUCUGUUCUCUCUGCCUUUCUUUCCUUCUGACUCUUUCUUCUUACACUUUCCCCUUUCUUCCGUUUUAUGGCUGAUCCUACAUCUCUGCCUUCCUUUUCCUUUCUCUUCUUUCAAUUCUUUCUCUUCCUCUUCCAUUCUCUUCUCUCCUUUCCUUUUUUUUCUUCCUUCGAUUUUUUCCCCUUCUUCUUUCUCUUCUUUUUUCUUUUCUUUCGAUUGUUUCCCUUCCUCUUUCUUUCUAUUAUUUCGAUUCUUUCUCUUCCUCUUCUAUUCCAUUCUUUCUCCUCCUCUUCUUUCUCAUUCUUUGAAUUCUUUCCCUUUCUCUUCUCUCUCUUCUUUCUAUUCGUUUAAUUCCACCUCCUUUUUUCUUUUUUUUAUUUUCUCCUUUCUUUUCCUUUCUCUUUUUUCGAUUUUUCUACUUUCCUUUCUUUUCUCCUUUCAGUUUUUCUCUUCUUUUUUCUUUGUCUUCUUUCGAAUCAUUCCCUCCCUCUUCCUUUCUCGUCUUUCGAUACUUUCUCUUCUUUUAUAUUUCUCUUCUUUAUCUUUCUCUUCUUUCUGUUUCCAUUCUUUUUAUUUCUCUAUUUUAACUAUUUUCUCUUUAACUUCCUUUCUUUCCCUCCGGAUAUUUCCUCUCCACUUCCUUUCUCGACAUUCUUUCCUGUCCUCACUUCUCUUUUUCUUUCAAUACCUUUUCUUUUCUCAAUUAUUUUUUAUUCCUCUUCCUUUCACUUCUUUAUUAUCCUUCUCUUUCUCCUUCAAUUCUUAUAUUUCUUCUCCUUUCCACAACAUUACACAUGUUUUCCCAACAUUCAGCAUAUGCAUUUGCAAUCCCAUUUGA